UUCUUUUUAAGUUCCACUUUUUUUAAGCAGUAAGAUGAAUACUGCUUGUGCUGACCCAACAAAAACAUCAGUGUUGGUUCGGUGAUGUACCGGUUUGUUAACCGAUACGGAGUAUUGAAACGCAUCGGCCCAUCAAGCUACUUGCUUUUCUCGUACGAAAUUUAAAAUAGUUUUAAAAUAAAAAAAAAAAUCCUUGUGAGGCGGCGCUUCUGUUACCGCGCUACGCGUUUGACAUGCAGCAACGCCCCGCUUUGGCAUUUCACUUCCUCAGAGCGAUGUUUUGGGCAUUUCGUUAUUUUCUCCGUGGAGCCUCGUUCCUCGCAAGUCGCAAGCAAGAUUUGAACUCUUUGCAUCUCUUUUCUUUUGCAGCAAGAGAGGCGAUCUCUAAGGCCUUUAGAACGUUUCUAACUAAGAGCCAACUCUUUGUUCGAACCAGAUCUGCCACAGAAGAGACCUUUCUGGCUUUCUCCAUCGGUUCUUGUACCGUAAUCUUGUUUGGGCAUGCUGUGUAACGACGAAGAAGGUUGCACCAUCAAGUUACACAAAUGUACGACAAUUUUGGUGGACACCAGCCUGGUGUGCCUGGGCAGUCAGCAAAUCUUCAACAACCAAAUCCGUUGGGGAGCGCAUUCUAUGGAGCUGGACCAGGCAUCAUAAGAAGUGGUUUGGGUGCAUAUGGGGAAAAAAUUCUGGGCUCCAGCUCUGAAUAUGUGCAAAGCAAUAUAAGUAAGUACUUUUCAGAUCCACAAUACUACUUUCAAGUAAAUAAUCAAUACGUGAGGAACAAAUUGAGGGUCAUACUUGCUCCAUUUCUGCACAGGGGUCAAUGGACAAGGAUAGGAGAGAAUGUGGGUGGAAAACUGUCAUAUAAGCCUCCUAUUUACGAUAUCAAUGCGCCUGAUCUAUACAUUCCUUUAAUGGCAUUUGGUACCUAUGUGGUUCUUGCUGGCUUUGCUAUGGGUCGUAUUGGAAAAUUUAGUCCUGAAGCGACGGCCCUGCAGUUCUCGAAGGGGUUGAUUGGCUGGUUUCUGCAGAUCUUGCUACUGAAAACAGUCAUAUAUUUCUUAGGGACUGGUGUGGCCCCCGUGUUGGAUAUUGUUGCAUAUGGAGGAUAUGCUUUUGUGGGCGUAUCUCUGUCUGUUCUGGCAAAAAUUUUUUGGAGUUAUUCAUAUUAUGUUGUGAUGCCGUGGACAUGUUUCUGUAUGGGAGUUCUGUUGGUGAAGACACUGAAGAGAACGUUGUUUGCGCCAGGAAGAAGUUAUGACAAGGACGCUAGUAGAUAUCAUUACUUUCUGCUCUCUGUUGCUCUGGCGCAGUUUCCCUUGUUUUUCUGGCUCGGCUAUAUUGGUGCUUGAACCUGAAAUUAAUUUAUGUUUGCAUACACCUGCACGUGCCAGCACAUAUAGAACUUUUUCUCUUGUGCACUGAUGGUAUGAGGAGGAUUUCGAUAUAAUUCCUAACUA